AACAAAGUUCUUCUUGAGUUCCCCUCUAUAUAGCCUCUUUGACUUUGUUGCGGCUUUCCCCAUCGUUGUCCUCAUUUCAGCAGUCUAAUCUUCAACUAUGGCAGCUCAAACUCUCGAAACUCACGCGCAUCACAAUAGCAAUGGAUCUGCCGUUUCAGGUUCAAGUCAAGGGGCCGACGGUCAUGCUCCAGCCGUGGCAGAUCUGCCCUUGAUCAACGGCCAUGGCCAGUCCGAGGACUUGCUCGAGACUGAUCUGGAGAAAUAUCGAGGGAAUGCGGAUGCGCUUCUUGGAAUAUCAGUCAACCUUCAAAAACUCGGCACGGAGCAGAAAGCUGAGAUACAAAGACUCAAAGCCGAGAAUAUUAUCAUUGCUCCUUCCAAAGGCGACAGCAGAAGGCAGACGGACGAGACGCAUUCCAGUCGAGCAACAACGAUGUCGGUAGAUCAUGACCAAACAGUAGUGGUCUACAGCGCUUCUGACAACGAGCUGACAGUUCGCCAAAGACGCAGUAUGAAAGACGAGGACUAUAUCCAAGCCGAACUUCCCCCCUUCCACUGGUGGUCUGACCGACUACACAUUUACUUCGAAAGAAGGCCUUCUUCGGAUUCGUCUGUACAUGAUAACCCGCAAGUUGUCGUUGUGAAAGACGAAAUCCCAGAAUCUUCAAUACGAGAUGUGAAGUUGAUUCGCACUGUCCGGUUAACUCAACUGGGAAUUCGCAUCAGAGUUCGGAGAAUGCUUGGCCAGAUCAAAUUCAUAUACGUUCUUUCGCCGCGACCUCAGUCUACGCACAUCAAGGACAUGGCUUCACUGAAUGGUCGCAACGGGGCCCAGCCUUUGACGAAGAUCAAAUCAGCAUCUUAACCUUCUUGCUUGGCUGGCUCCCGCAAGAGGCAAAUAAGGUGCCACCUCGUUUGAUCUCAUGAGCUUCACAGCCACACAUCGGGCACCACAUCUUUUG